AUGGCGUGUGCUUCCGUCGCGUCGAAGCUCCCCGCUCUCGUGCGCGGGUCGCUCGCCACGCCCACUGCCUCCCUGUUCCGCGCCUCCUCGGCGGCCGCCUGCCGCGUCUUCAACCGACCCUUCAGCGGCUACGACGGCCAGCCUGUGACCAGCGAGCAGCUCAUCAAAAAGUCGGACGACUGGGUUAUCGAAGAGACGAACUUCUGCCUCGGCCGCACUGCUCCUCUUCGCUUCAAAGAGACAGACGACUUGGCGCACAGAGUUCUCCACGUGAUGGACUCGCAGCUGGCCAAGAUGCACACGCGUCUCAGGGACGGAACCUGCAUUCCCGUCAUGGGUCUCUACAUCCUCGAUGUGGUCGAUAAGCCCACGCCGCUCCAUCAGUUUGUCGAGGCGCCGCUGCUGAAGUGGACUUGGGAUCACACCUACUCCGAGGCCUACGAAGACAAGCCUACCGCGCCGGCUGCUGGCAAGCAGUAA